AUGAAGCUGACGGCCUUGUCGGACGAACUCAUCGCGCAACUUACAUUAGUUCGACGCUUGGAUGGUGCAAUGACUCGAUUGAGACAUGCAAGGAACCGAGUGCAGUGCCAUGGAAACACAAAGUGCGAGAUGCUGAAUGCGAGAGAACGGAAAGCUAAGACGGAUGCAUACUGGUGCGAAAUGCGAAACAAAAGUUGCUGUUAA